AUGAGUUUGAAGGGCUUCCAGAAGAGCAUUGUGCGGGCGCCGCAGACCUUCAAGGCUCGCUUCAACAUCGGCGAGAACACCAAGGACGCCGUCUACAGUGACGCUGAGCGUCGCUUCCAGGAGCUCGAAAAAGAGACCAAGAAACUACACGAUGAAUCGAAAAAGUAUUUCGAGGCCAUUAACGGCAUGUUGAACCACCAGAUCGAAUUCUCCAAGGCCAUGACCGAACUAUACAAGCCCAUCUCCGGCCGCGCCUCCGACCCGAGCUCUUACACCAUCGAAGGCAAUCCCGAAGGAAUCAAGGCGUGCGAGGAAUACGAGACCAUCGUGCGCGAGCUGCAGGAGUCGCUCGCUCCUGAGCUGGAGAUGAUCGAAUCCCGCAUCAUCAGUCCCGCCGACCAGCUCCUCGAGGUGAUCAAGGUGAUCCGCAAGGUGGCCGUCAAGCGAGACCACAAGAAGCUGGACUACGACCGGCAUCGCAACACCCUCAAGAAGCUGCAGGACAAGAAGGACAAGUCUCUGAAGGACGAGAAGGCGCUCUACAAGGCCGAGAACGACGUCGAACAAGCCACCCAGGAAUUCAACUACUACAACGACCUGCUCAAGGACGAGCUGCCCCGAUUGUUCCAGCUCGAGGCCGAGUUCAUCCGGCCGCUGUUCCAGUCCUUCUACUACAUGCAGCUCAACGUCUUCUACACGCUGCAUGAGAAGAUGCAGGGCAUGAACAUUGCCUACUUCAAUCUGGAAAUGGACGUGGAGGAAGGCUACGAGAUGAAGCGCGGCGACGUCAAGGAGCGCGCCGAGGAGCUGGUCAUUGUGCACUUCAAGACUAAGGGACUGGGCAAGCAGCAGAACUCCAAGUUCACCCCCAAGGAUAAGAUGGCCUAUGAGAACAAGAGCACCUUUGCCUCGCGACAGCGGAGUGAUUCCGAAGCCGGUGUGGAUAACCCGCCCCCUCCGUACACGACCGCCGGGUCGAACCCCAGCGCCCUCGCUGCCGCCGCUAAGUCCAAGCCCGCGCCGCCGCCUCCCCGACCCAAGCCGGCCAAGUUCAGCGCGCCUGUCGAGACUGUGACGGCCUUGUAUGAUUACGAGGCGCAGGCACAUGGUGACUUGAGCUUUUCCGCCGGUGAUGUGAUUGAGAUUGUCCAGCGGACGGACAACCAGAACGAGUGGUGGACGGGGCGUGUGGACGGAAGACAGGGACAGUUCCCAGGUGAGUUCUCUCAGGAUAAGAGUAACAAAGAUAGAGGCUAA